AUGGCCGAGGUUAUUGGUAUCAGCUCGGGCGUCGCUGGCUUGUUGGCCUUUGCCCUCGAAUCGAGUCGCACCUUGUUCAGCACUGUUCAAAGUCUUCGCAACCGGGAAAAGGCUAUUCGGGACCUUCGAGAAGCUCUCCAAGAUCUUGAGGAGGUGCUGAAAAUUCUCCAGGAGUCGAUCAAUACCUCCCCGUUUCUGAACACCGGGAUAAUUGAACGACCUCUUGAUCGAUGUUGCAAAGCAUGCAACGAUUUCAAUACACUGAUUAUGAAGUGUUCUGAACGCUCAACCGACGAUCAUUUCAGCAUCCGUGAUUGGGCUAAAUUGCGCUACAUGGGCGAAGACGUUACUGGCUUUCAAAACAUGCUUUGCGGCUACAAAUCUACAAUCACGAUCGCCCUUGCUUAUUCGAAUGUCCAUCUGACCAGAGCGACAAAGAGUGUCAUGCACGAAUACAAGGAACUAAUUGAAAAUACCAAAUCCGACCUCAGGCUGCAUUUGCAGUCCAUCGAGGACAGAGUGAAAUCAUUGUCCUCCGCAAAUGAAGUCGAUGUGGGAUUUGAUCUUAUCGAAGUUCAGAAAAUGAAGGAAGAACUAGAAAGCACACAGCACGGCCUGGAGAUUUGCGCGCAAUUUUCUGCAUACAUAGAGGAGACAAGGUCCACCUCUUUGCAAAAAAUGACUCAAGGUUCAGCCAUAUCCGAACGAGAAGCAUCACCUCCAGAAUACAACAUGCCUUGGUUGAUUAUCGCUGAAGCCUUGAGUUCCGCCGAAAAAGAAAUCGUCAGUUCGAGACUGCGACUGCUUCAAUAUCGUCGCGCACACGGAAGCCAUCCUUGGUUCGCACAACACCGUGGAUUGUUACCAGGAAAUGAACAGACCAGCGAACAAAGUGAUAUCACGGAAGAGGCCCAAAACAUUAAAGAGUCUUUGAAUUUCUUCAAUCGGGUAUCCGAAGAAACCACCGAGGGUCGAAUGAACUAUUUUGAGGAUGUAUCUACAGGUGAUAAGAGCAAACAAAUCAUUGUGACGACGCUCAAAGAUUUGAUCUCGGCGCGACGGAUCACCUCGGGAUCUGGCUCAUUGCAAAUAUUAGGACAACUCUCCGAAGAGUCCCUGAACAACAUAGUUCGAAACCAAGAUGACAUCCGUGAAUAG